UAAUUAUGAAAACACUUCAUAAUUAUAAAAACACAUGAUUCUUCGAUGGUCCUAUGUAUAAGAAGGACAAUCAAAUUAUUCCAGUGAAUAAAAUAAGCGCGUGUUAUGAUCUUGGUCUAAAGUUGUCUGAAAACUCAUAAUGCCUUUUAGAACACCAAAAUUAAAAAGUGUUAGAGUGCGAUUUAUAAUUAUUAUGUCGUUUCUCGUUGUGUAUGUUUUGGCCACGUAUAUUAUCGCCGAAAAGUAUUUCUUUAUCAAACGCAAGGGCAACACAAGUGCACCAAAGGUGGAGCUAGAAUAUGUCGUUGUACAUCUGGAUUUGAAGGGAGCUCCACCAAAGCUGUCGUAUCUGCAGUCCCUCCUACCGAUGAUGAAGAAACAUGGGGUCAAUGGUCUCCUCAUUGAAUACGAGGACAUGUUUCCCUACGAAGGGACACUGGGAAUGUUGAGGGGGUUGAAUAGUUACAAAAAGAAAGAGCUGCAUGCAUACCUCACCGCCGCAGUAUCACUUGGUUUCGAGAUAAUCCCCCUGGUCCAAACAUUCGGGCACAUGGAAUUCGUACUCAAGUAUCAGGAGUUUGGCUUUUUGAGAGAAGCUCUUAAAUUCCCUGACUCCAUCUGUCCUAGUACUUUGGAGAGUCAGCAUUUAGUGGAAGAUAUGAUUGCACAGGUCAUACUUUUUCACGAAGCAAUAGCUCCUUUGAAAUACAUCCAUGUAGGUUGCAAUGAAGUUUACCAUAUCAACAAAUGUGAUCUAUGUCGGCGAAGGAAUGCCACGGAUGAAGAACUGUUAACAGAGCACGUCAAGUUCCUCAUUGAGACUGUCCACAUCCUUAGUCCAGAUACCACCGUUCUCAUCUGGGACGACAUGUACAGAGGUGUCAAGCCUAUGGAUUGCAGCAACAUCAUCUUAACUGAAACCGAAGUUGUACACUGGGACUACACUGCAAAACCCCAUGUAGAUGUGCACAUCAAUAUGUACAAGUACGGCCGGAUGUUUGAUAACAUCUGGAUAGCGACCGCAUUUAAAGGAGCUGAUGGUAGGGAACGGAUACUCCCUGAUCUUAAUAUGAGAUUCUACAACCAUCUCCACUGGCUAAACUUCAUAUUUGAUUAUGGCACUCUGAAGAAAUUGUUUAAAAUUAAAGGUAUCAUACUCACAGGCUGGUCAAGAUAUGAUCAUUAUGCGCCAUUAUGUGAAAUUCUUCCAGCUUCAAUACCGAGUUUAAUUAUUAAUUUGAUCCUCAUUCAAAAGUAUACAAGUGGAAUUGUUGUUAAAAACAUGAACGAUUUAGAUGUUUUCAUUGAUAAACAUAUAGAAAACAAUCUAGACUCGAGCCUUCUAUGUCAGAAACAUAGCGAGCGUUUUUUGAAUAAAUUUGAUUCUGAAACGUGUCAUUAUGAGGAAUCUGAUCUCUAUACUACACUUCAACUUCUUAGUAAUGCUUACAAAUACUUCGUUAUAAAAAAGAAUGCCUCAAAUGAUGAAAAAUCGAGGAUAGAAUAUGAAUACGAAAACAUUAAAAGGAUUGUUCCGAUUUCGGCAUUAAAAGAAUUCAACAAUGUCCACAACUAG